CAUGGCGUCUACGACUUGGUGUUGAGGGGCCUACCGGGAACCUCGUCUCUAACCAACUGUAUUUUAUCACGUUCACGACCUACGCCGCAGUCCUUCGACCGACUACUGCCGUCAAUUGGUGUCGCUAUAUUUCCCGACUUGGUCGCGUGUGUUGCGUCUCUCUGGCUAGACCGUAGGGCGCGCUAGCCGGGCGCGCGGGACGUCAGGAGAGCGUGUCGUUGUGUGAAACGGGCAUGGACUGUGCGAAAUACACACGAGAGUACAAGAAAUUUGCUGCCAACGUGCAGAGGGUGUCUGCAGAAAGAGGAGUUCAACUGGAACGACUUCCUCUACUGAAUGGAAUCGAAGUAGAUCUGCUCAAACUGUACAAGUCAGUGUCCGCUCUGGGAGGAUUUGAUAAGGUCAAUUGUUUGAAUCUCUGGAAUGAUGUAGCUGUGUCAAUGGGUUUGCCUCUGGGAACUUGCAAUGUAGAGAUGUCUGUUAGAAUGAUUUACUCGAAAUACUUGUUAGGCUGUGAAUCAGUUGAUGUACUUGGUGAUGAGGAAGAGAUAGAAAUUGCUAAAUUUUUGCCAGACAAUCGUCCGUGGACUCGAAGUAAAUCAGUCAAUCUUACAACUGCUGCACCUCAUAAAGCUGACUUCCACACUGGCCGGAACACCGAAACCAUUACAGGAGAAACUUAUGAUCGACUCAUCUUGGGACUAACAUCAGGCUUUCCAAAUGAAGUUGAUUUUGCAAUAAACACGUGUCUGCUGCUGUCAUAUGAUGAAGAAAAGCCAUUUUUUCUUGCUCAAGUUCCUCAACUAGUACCUCUCCUGCUUGCUCAAAUUGGGGUGUUUACUGCAGAUGCAUCUUCUUAUGAAACUUCUAUCUGUCAACUGCAGCCUGCUCAUCAGAAAACAUACUUUCUGAAAUUUUGGGAGAAAAGCAGACAAAGUUUCCAAGCAGAUAUUUCAACAAGUCUUUCACAUACAUUGUAUAUGAUAGAUAUGUUAGCUAGUUUUCUUGUUUGUGACGCUGUCAAAACAGGCAAUGUCGACAAUGACAAUCUGUUUGCUGAGUGUUGUCAAGACUUACCCGAUAAUGAGUGGAUGCUUUUUCGUACAGUGCAGGUCUUGUCAAUACUGAACAAUCUCUCAUGCACUGAAGACAAUGCAUACCAGCUAUCUCAGUCAAUGCUAUGUUUUCAACUUCUGUUGUGGUGUAUUGAUGGAGACCAUUCAUUUCUGAAACAAUUGGCUGCAUCUUGCUUGGCCAAUGUUGCAGACCAGAUUACAUUGAAGGUUUCUCAGUCUUUUCAGGAUGUUGUCUUUGGGUCACUUGAACACUGUUUAUCAUCAAGCGAUCGUCUGCUUUUACUGAAAGGUCUGGAAGUGUUGGCCAAGCUGUGUACAGUGGAGGACAACAGUGAUAUUCUUUACACCAAUUUGAAGAAAACUGUGUAUGCAAGGCUUUGUGAGUCUCUUCUCCUAGCAGAUGUGGAGGUUCGAAUUGGUGCAUUAGAGGCAUUGUAUCAAUUGACUUGUCUUGGUACUGGGAUGUGCAAUGUGAUCAUUACAUUUCUUGGAUUUGUUGACAUGUUGGGAUCUCUACUAACCUUCCAAAUGUCAAGUGUGGGAAAGGAUAUUGAGUCUAAGACUCUACAGACUGCAAACUGUAGCACAUCAACUGCUCCCGUCGAGAGAAAACUUGUAUCUCUCGGUGAAGCAUCAGAGCCAGUCAGGAAUGCUUCUCAUUCUGAUGUUGUUGCUUGUACACACAUGCACGUGUCUUCUGUGCAAGUUAAAGAUGGCCGUGAAUCUGAAGCAAGAAAAUGGUUGUCAGACUCGUAUGGUGUCGAUCAGCAGGGCUCUCUGUUGUUGGCCAAGAUGUAUUCAGAUUAUAUUAAAUGGAUCUCAGUUGAUAAGAUGGCACAUGGAAUUAACCUUCAGCUCUUUCAUAAACUUGUCAAAUCAGUGUUUCCUAACAGUAAACAGAAGCUGAUAGGCAACGAAAAGAACAUUGUUAUUGUUGGAGUAACCAAUAAACAACUUGUCUGUCAAAGCAAGCCUAAGAAAUCAUCUGCACAAGUCUCUUGCCAACAGGAGGUCACAGCAAAUGUUGUUGAUAAUGCAAUCGUAAAUACCCCGUAUCUCAUAUUAACAACAACUGCUGGAAAUCGUGCACCUGUGUCAUCGAUUACUUCAUCUUCUCCCAGUUUACACGUCUGUUCUGCUAGUGAGGAAAUUUGUUGGCGACCUCUUUAUAAAACAACUGAAUCACAACAGGACUUGCCAGUUUCUGUACAUUUGCAACCACUUGCUUCAUCACACCGUCUGACAUCAUCAGCAGUUGGUUCCACUCAAGAAUUAUUCAGAAACAGUCAUAACAAUCAAUGUCAGGCUGUGACUUCACUUGUAAAUAUAUGUCGAACUCCAGUAAUGACAACUAAUCUAGGCUCUUCAGAGGAAACAGACAAACACAAACAAAGUCUCUCCAAUUUUCAAGUUGCAUCUGUGGUACCAGUAUGUGAAGGGAAAGACACUCAUUGGACUAACGGUGGCUGUGAAACACUGCCUUCUCAAAAGGAAACGCAAUAUCUGCAUUCUAAUAAGCAUUGUGGACUCUUAGCUGCAUCACGAGCUGCAACGCCAAUGCCACCACAUACCUCUUCUGUUUCUGCAGAGAAAGAAGAUUUUGAGCCAUUCACUAAGCAAGCCAAAACUACAGACAAUUACUUACAAACUACUAGUACUUUUGAGACAUCUUCUAGUGAAUCUCAGGGAGCAUCAUACAGUUUGUAUCGUUUGGUGGAGUCAAAGAUUGGAAAUGAUGUUCACUGGACAUGUACAAAUGGCAGAUCGGUCAAUAGCAGGGUGACAAAUGGUGUCGUUUUACCACUGAUAUCAACAAGUAGACUGCAUGUUAUGAACUGCGUGGCAAGUUCAUAUGGAGCAGUUUCUUCAUCUACUAGCACAAGAGAGUUUUCAACACCAAUGACAGAACAGGCUGUGUCAACUUCAAGCAAAGGUGCAGUAGGAAGCAUCAGUGAAGUAAUUACUGACUCUCAUCGCAGUGGUGAGGUGCAUUUUCAGCCUUUUCAUCAACGUGUAAAUCUUGUGCAGUCUGGGAGGUCUGCGAGUAUGGGUACAAAACCAUUACUGUUCACUAUCAAACCAAACACUGCUGUGGAUGUUGUUCCUCUUGUAAAAUUUGUAGCCAGCAAGCAGUUGGAUUUACAGGCAACUGAUGAGGAGAGCCCUCUAACUAAAACUGUUAGACUAACUGCUGCCCUUGUCAUUCGCAACUUGCUUAUUCACUCUCCACUAGCAGCAAGAAAGAUUUUGGUUCUCGAAAGUCUGAUGUUAGAGUUAAGCCAGCAGCAACUGGAGGCUUCCAAUGUUUUAGCUGACUGUCUCUACAAGCUCCAUAAUCAGAAAAAGACUUCACAGUGAAUUCGUUGUCAACUCUAAGCACUAUUUAACUUCACUGUUCUAUCAUAAUUAUAUGAAACUGUUUCAUUUAUUUUUGCAACAUGUUGAAAAAGUUCAAUGCGAUUGUGAAGAUUUAAUAAAUUAUAACUGUCCUCCACCCAUUCCAUGUUAUUCUUA